AUGUGUUGUAAGCUUAUUCCUUCGUUUUGCAUGCUUCUAUCGGUAGCAAAUGCAAUGUACUACGGAGGAGGUUAUGGACAGCAACCAGGUGCACCACGAUUACCUGCACCAACUAUGCAACCACAAAUCCAUGGUUUGCAACCCAGGCAACCGCUAACUGUUGGUCAACCAUGUAGUGGUUGUGUAGUAAAUAUAAAUUGUGGUCAAGACUGCAUGCCGACGGUACCACCAUACACACAGCAACCAAUGCCACCAUAUACACAGCAACCAAUACCACCAUAUACACAGCAACCAAUGCCACCAUAUACACAGCAACCAAUACCACCAUAUACGCAACCAUAUUGGACAUUACCACCUACACAAAGACCAGCAUGGACAAUUGGGCCACCGUUAACUCAAAAACCAAAACAACCUUCACCAUGGGGUUGUCGUUUGUGUCCAUGUUACAUACCUCCUCCAUGUCAGAUAUGUCAACCAUGUCAAUGA